GCACAGAAAGCUGCGGCGUUUCCGGCCAGCUCAGCGCGUCUCCUGCGGUGUUGUCACUCUUCACGAGCUGUCACGCACGCACUCCUGCCAGCUCACCGGAGCGCUUUGUGGGCCGCGGAGGGUCAUCGGAACACCGGCAGAGAUGGUGCUGCUCACGAUGAUCGCCAGGCUGGCGGACGGACUGCCGCUGGCCGCCUCCAUGCAGGAGGACGAGCAGGGAAGUGAGAAGCUGGGUCGAGAUCUUCAACAGUACCAGAGCCAAGCGAAGCAGCUCUUCAGGAAGCUCAACGAGCAGAGUCCGUCACGCUGCACUCUGGAGGCCGGUUCCAUGGCCUUUCACUACUGCAUAGAGAAAGGAGUGUGUUACCUCGUCCUGUGUGAGGCUAGCUUCCCCAAGAAGCUGGCCUUUGCGUACCUGGAGGACCUGCAGGCGGAGUUUCAUGAGCAGCAUGGGAAGAAGGUCCCCACGGUGUCCCGUCCGUACUCCUUCAUCGAGUUUGACACCUACAUUCAGAAAACGAAGAAGUCGUAUAUCGACAGCCGAGCACGAAGGAAUCUGGGCAACAUCAACACAGAGCUGCAGGACGUGCAGAGGAUCAUGGUGGCCAACAUCGAGGAGGUCCUGCAGAGAGGAGAAGCUCUCUCUGCUUUAGACUCCAAGGCCAGCAACCUGUCCAGCCUGUCCAAGAAGUACAGGAGUGACGCCAAGUACCUGAACACCCGCUCCACCUAUGCCAAGCUGGCUGCCGGGGGGGUCUUCUUCAUCAUGCUGAUUGUUUAUGUGCGCUUCUGGUGGCUCUGAGCAAUGAAGGAGAUGAGGAUGGAGGUGAAGAAUGAACCCGCCACGGUCCGUGGACGCUAAGAAACGCCAUCCCAUGAUAGGACUUUACACAUUUAAGACCCGCCCAUUUCCAUCUCACCUGUCCAUGGAGCACAAACAUUUCUUUUAAUCAUUAAUCUGUUGUAAUAGAUUAGAGAAGCGUACGUGUGCACGUGUCUGUGUGCACGUGGAGGGGGCUGAUCAAAAACCGUAAGGGUCUAAUGUAGCGGCUAAAGGGGCAUGAACCUAAUUAGUUUUGAUGACAUCACAGGUGGGCGGGGCUGAGGAAGAGUUUUGCUUUGUCUUCAGUGGUUGCAGCGAACAGAUAAAGUAACUGCAGAAGUGAUUGAAAUAGUCCCUUUUCCUCCCCUCGGUUAUAUUAUGGGAUGGUGAAACUGUAAUGUUUUUCUUUUUUUUUUGCUAAAACGUUUUUAUUUCUGAACAGAAAAUCCAGCAGGUGACCUCGUUUGGGGCCUGAUUAUCUGGUGUGAACCAGAACCCGAUCCGUGUCGGUUCUCCUCGCUGCAGAUGGAGUUUUUUUAAAGUUGAAGUUGGGUUCCACCUCAUUAGUCUCCUCCUACUCUGCUUCCAUUUCUGCUAAAUAUCCAGAUUGGGCUGACAGUGGAAGCUGAGAAGUCCUCGUGGAGAUCUCUGGUUCCACACCUUUAAGGUUCUCUGUUCUGUAUUUCUGAAGCGGCAGUCUCAGCUCUUUGGGCCGCGUUCCUGCAGUUAAGGUAGAUCUAUGGUGUUUAGGUUGCUAUGAGUUUCUUUUCUUUGUGUUUGAUCUCGUUUUGUCAAGAAAGACCUGAGACGUCCGUCUCGGACCGAAGAAUCUCUGUGACGGUUCAACACUUCUGUUUGUGUGAUCUUUACGGUGUCGUCGCUCACGAGACCAUAGAAAGAAAAGGAACCGUUCUGUGGUUCUUCUAGACGGUGUCUCUCUCUUACCUCAGCUUUCCUUUAGCUGCAGCCAGCUGGAGUCCACGCGUGGAAACCGCAGGACGCCGAAAGCCGCUGAUCGGCUUCGACCGUUUGGGAGGAGUUUUAAAGCUCUUAAGGAAUGUUCCACUGAGUGAAAAGUGAGAAGGCCUUUGAGUGUUCUGAUGGUUCCCUCAGAAAUAACAUUUCUGCAGCUCCAGCACCACUUUUCAGUGAGAAGUUUCCUUUUGGAGGAUGUGCUCCACUACGGUUAUGCUCUGCAGAAAAGCUGCAGACCGGAUUUUACGUUUGUAAAUUUUACUUUGAAGUGGACUCCAGAAUAAAAGAAUUUGCACAAACG